AUGCCACUCUCAGUCCGCUCCUUUGCCUCUGUCGCGAGCUGGCUCUCGCUCGUCCCUUCGGCCCUGGCCGGCUUCGACCCGGGGUCGUCCAAGAACAUUGCCGUCUACUGGGGCCAAAAUUCCUAUGGUCAGGGCAGUGGCCCAUACGUGCAGCGCAACCUUGCCGGGUACUGCAAUGACUCCAACAUCAACAUCAUCCCGAUUGCCUUUAUGAACGGCAUCACUCCGCCCAUUGUCAACUUUGCCAAUGUCGGUGACAGAUGCGGUACCUUCCCCGACAACCCAAACCUUCUCAAGUGCCCCGAGGUAGAAAACGACAUCAAGACCUGCCAGAACACGUACGGCAAGACUAUUGUCCUUUCCCUCGGCGGUGCCACUUACACCCAAGGCGGCUGGCCCUCGACGAGCGAGGCGGAGAAGGCGGCCGAGAUGUUGUGGGCCAUGUUCGGCCCCAUCCAAUCCGGCAGCAACGUCGACCGGCCCUUUGGCUCCGCAGUCGUCAACGGCUUUGACUUUGACAUGGAGGCAUACACGGGCAACCUCCCCGCCUUUGGGGCCCGGCUCCGCAGUCUCAUGGACAACGCCGGCGGCAAAAAGUUCUACCUGACAGCGGCGCCGCAAUGCGUCUUCCCGGAUGCCACUCUUGGCUCGACUCUCGACAGUGUUGCGUUUGACGCAGUUUUCACGCAGUUUUACAACAACUGGUGUUCUGGGAGCAACUUCAAGCCCGGCGGCCCUCAGAACGCCUUCAACUUCGAUGUCUGGGACUCGUGGGCCAAGAGGAGCAAGAACCCCAACGUCAAGGUGCUUCUGGGAAUUCCGGCCAGCUCCGGCGCCGCCGGAAGUGGAUAUAUCAGUGGCGAGAGCCUCAGGGCAGUUGUUGCGUACUCGAGGAAUUAUACCAGCUUCGGCGGUAUCAUGAUGUGGGAUAUGUCGCAGCUUUAUGCCAACAGCGGCUUCCUCGCCGAGGUGGCGGGCGAUCUCUCAUGA